GGCUUUGGACUAUGCCGACCCCUGCAUCCGCUCGAUGCACUGUGACCUACGUUUGGUGCUCCUGGCUCGCCGUGGUCGUUACUGAUGAGUUUACCCGAUGGCUGCUGAUCAACGUCUGCUUCACUGCCUAUGCAGUGGCAACGACAGAGCAGGUAGCACACUGCUUCAUGGCGUACUGCUAUGAGGAUGCUGCCGAGUCUGCCGCGCUUCUGGCCAUACAGGUAGUGGUUUGUGGAUGCUAUGGCUCCCUUACCCUGAUGGCUGUCUUUGGGAUCAUUUCAUGGCAGGACGAGCAGAUGAUCAUCACAUUCUUCGAUGUCCUGGCAAAGAUCUUGAUUUCAGCCUACGUCACGAGUUCCAGACGGACGAGGAGCUGCGUGCAGUUACUGGGUACGCGGCUUGUGGCAGCCAACAUCGCAGAGGAUGUUCGGCGCAUGGUUCGUCAUGCCGGCGUCCCUAUCUUCAGUGUCG